AUGGCGGGAUCACCACACGGCGCGUUCAUGACUUACCUAAGCCUUGUGCUUGGCAGCGUCGCAUCCGACGUGUACAUCGCUGAGUUGUCAGCGUAUUCCAACCUGGAUGUCGACGGCUGCACGGAACAAGGCUGGGUAGAACUGGCCAACCUUGGUACGGGCCCUCUGGACCUCUCUGGGUCUGUGCUAUGUGGGGAGCCGUCCUGCCAGAAUGCUUCCAGCAAGUACGUCUUCCCGGCGGCAACGAUCCUUCCCGCAUCGGCCCGUGGUGUCUUGUGUCGCGAUGGUAAGUUCACUUUCUCAACCGGCGGGCUCGAGCCAGCUGUGGUGACUUUGGAGAAUUCGGGCGGGGACGUGCUGGCUACCGUGGGGCUGCCCGGGUGCACGGUGACCACGAGCAUCAUGUCCUGCACCGACCGCAUCUUCAGUGAGUUCGAGCGCGAGCAAAAGGUGUCGUAUGGCAUGUACACGUCGGGGCAGGAAACGUUAUAUGGUUUCCUGCAUCCCCAGUCGCCGGGUGAAGACAACGUUUUAAGCUGCGCGGGCUCACCGGCCAGUUGCACGUAUGUCCCGGAGCACGUGUGGAAUGUCACCUGUGCAAACGCAUACUCAGAAGAGUUCUUGGGCAAUGAAGCGAGCUGCCUGCAGGCGUGUUCUGAGCAGAGCCAAUGUAAUUUCUUCUGGGUGAAUGAGCAGGGCAAGUGCAGCAGGUUUGAGACGUGCAAUGCAACACGCCAGGUCAUUUGGUCUUUUGAUGGCUUGGAGUCUCGCACAACCACUUGGCGGAAAGUCGCUGAAGCUCAGCCUCUCACGGACAACAAGACAUGCGCAGCCCCGUUCACCUGCCCGGGAACUGAUGGUGAUGGCUCGAGCACUUCGGCGGCUUCGACCUCCAGCGCCGGCAAUGAUGCCAGCGUGAGUCGACCAGGCCGCCUCGCGGGACUUAUGACUUCGGCGACAUGGGCCAUACUUCUAUGCUGGUGGCUAUAG